AAAUCGGGUGAAGCGUUGUUGAACUUCGUUUGUCGACAUUAGCUAUGGCGGAUGGCAGUCAGCUGCGGAUAAUACUUUGACAUUUGAAGUUGCUCGAUAUUUGUUUGCUACUGUGUAUGUAAUGAUAGCGAAAAAUGUGUGGGGAGUCGUGCCGCGAAUUCUUUCAGAAAUGGCGGAUGUGGAUAAGACCUGUCGUAGUGGUUAUUUAUGUUCUUGUAAUAGUUGUAGUAUUACCAGUACUUCUUGUAAAUGCUAUGAACAAUGGUUUCACGAAGGAAGACCAAGGGACACUCGUUGGUGGAGUCUUUGCAUUAAUGGCCUUACCCAUCUCGAUAUGGGAAAUCAUUCAGCAUAUGGUAUUUUACACAAAACCGCAUCUACAGAAGCACAUUAUCAGGAUACUAUGGAUGGUUCCAAUAUAUGCACUGAAUGCUUGGAUAGGUCUUCUCUGUCCACAGCAGUCAAUUUAUUAUGAUAGUCUCAGAGAAUGUUAUGAAGCAUAUGUUAUAUACAAUUUUAUGACAUAUCUUUUAAAUUAUCUGAAUGCUGAGAUGGAUCUGGAGGCCAAUCUAGAACUGAAGCCACAAGUGCACCACAUCUUCCCCCUGUGCUGUCUUGGUCCAUGGGAAAUGGGAUGGGAGUUCAUUCACAUGUGUAAACAUGGAAUCUUACAGUAUACUGUGGUACGGCCUUUAACAACAUUCAUCUCUUUUAUUUGUGAGCUGAAUGGUGUAUACAACGAGGGUGAAUUUCGAGCGGAUGCUGCAUUUCCCUACAUGAUAGCUAUCAACAACUUUUCACAGUUCAUUGCUAUGUACUGUUUGGUGCUAUUCUACCGUGCUAACCGAGAGGAGCUCAACCCUAUGCACCCUAUUGGAAAGUUCCUGUGCAUUAAAGCUGUAGUGUUUUUCUCAUUCUUCCAAGGAGUAAUUAUAGCAAUACUUGUGUACACUGGAGUUAUAUCAUCUGUAUUUGAUGCCUCAGAUCAUGAUACAAUUAAGGACAUCUCAUCAAAAUUGCAGGAUUUCCUGAUCUGUAUUGAGAUGUUCUUGGCUGCCAUUGCACAUCAUUAUUGCUUCUCAUACAAGGAUUAUGUCAAUCCUAACUCUGAACAGCUGUCAUGCUGCACAGCUUUCCUUGCAAUGUGGGAUGUAUCUGAUGUUCGACGAGACAUAAAAGAACAUCUAGAGGUAGUAGGAAGUUCACUCAGUCGACGUAUAAGAGGGCGUGGUGCAUACCGGUAUGCUGCAGGCAGUGCGUCGGAAAGUUCGCGCUUGUUGGUUCCAGCACCUGAGGCUUCACCAGCUGCUGACACCAGUAGGAGUGCUCCUGCACGCCUGAUUGAACAACGCACAAGCUAUGAGAGUAUUUCAUCUCCAGAUGCUAUCUCUCCUAAACAAAGUGCCCAGCCUGUGGAUGAACAAGAUCCACUUAUUGAUUUUAGUCCAGAUGAAGCACAGCCUGCUUCAAAGUUCCCUCAGUCCUAGUCAUCAGAUUUCACUUUCCAGAGAGAGGGAAGUGCAGUGAAAAAAGACAUUUAAGUAUGAAUCGAGAAAUUAUACAUAGAAGAGCAGGAUAUAUAAUGGUAAUUUUUAAUGUAAUUGAGUUCACUGCUGAAUUUUUUAUUGCAUGUGCUCAACUUUUAGAUGGGUCUUGUUUAAUAUGCAAUUUCUUUAUUCUAUACUAAACAAAAUAACUUUGCCAAGUAGUGGAGCUAAAUAAAGAAGUUCCUUUAACAAA